AUGGAAGACUGUCCGCAGGGCUAUUCUAGCCCUUCAGCCCCGGGGCAGGGCCCUUCGGCAGCUGAGGAAGCCGGCGGGGGAGGGGGGCGGUAUCGUGACUGUGGAGAUGGCGUGCCCAGGUGUCUGAGGGGGCUGGGAGACCUCUGCUUCGAUCGCCCACGGAGGCGGGGCCGGGGCGGGGCUGGCGGCGCCGGCGCAGCCCGGGGCUGGGGGGGGCAGCAGGAGGAGGAGGCGGCGGCGGUGCUGGGAGCUCCUGUCACCGGCGGGCCCAGGGUGCAGACCCACCUCCAGGUGAUCGAGGAGCGCAUGAAUCAAAGCCUGGGGCUGCUGGAGCAGAACCCACGCCUGGCCCGGGAGCUGCAGCCUCAAAUCCAGGAUCUGCUGCGGGCCGAGCAUGUUGGUCCCGGGGAGCUGGAGGCGCCUCCCCCAGGGGGCAGCAGUGAGGAUGGGGGUGGCCCCCUGCCACCUGCUGCGGACGAAGACAUGGGUGCAACGAUGCCGCUUAAAGGGUCCAGCGAAGGGGAUGGAGCGGAGCGACUUCAGGAGCACAAGGUGAAUGUCUCCGUCCCUCGGGGUCUCCCAUUCCGUUCUCCUGAGAUCCAGAGAGAUGAGCUGGAGCCGGGAAUGGGCGCAGGGACAGGUGUGGCCCGCGGGGCUGUGGCGGGGCUCCUGGUGGUGGCAGUGGCCGUGGCUGCUGUCGUCGUCCUGUCUCUGCUGGUGGCCCGGAGGAGGCGACCUUACGGGGCCAUCAGCCAUGGGGUGGUGGAGGUGGACCCGAUGCUGAGCCUGGAGGAGCAGCAGCUCCGGGAGCUUCAGAGACAUGGGUAUGAGAACCCGACCUAUCGGUUCCUGGAGGAGCGACCCUGAGGGACCGGACCCUCCCCCCAACCCCCGAGUCCCCAAACCCUAAUUCUGGGGAAUCCCCAAACCCCCAACCUCUGACCCAGAAGGAUCCCCAAGCCCCCAGUCCCUGCCUUUGGGGGACCCUUAAACCCCCAACCUCUGACCCUCUGGGCCCUAAAACUCCUGCUCUCUGACCUUAGAGCACCCCUAAGCCUGCGGCUCCCCAUCUCCUCCCCUAAUUUAUUUUCUAAGUUAAUUGGGUGCAGAAAAGCUGCCCCACUCCACCCCAGGGCUCCCACUCCGUGUCUCCUAUCUUGUGUCCCAGUGAAACUAAUGACUCAAUAAACCUUCCCUGUCCAA